AUGGAAGAUGAUGAAGAUGCUGAAGAUGAUGACAUGUCUGUUGAUAACAUGCCUAGAGGUAAAGGAAGGAUUGGGCCAUAUCGAGGAGAAAGGUCUUGCGGGAUGUACACUAAUCCUACAAAUGAAGAGAACUUAACAAAAUCCCUCGUAAAUGCCAUUCAGCUUAAUGAUAUAGCAACUGAGGCCCCUAAUCCCACAAAUGCAUCAUGUGAUAUUGCAAACAAUGACCCAAAUCAUACAAUUUCAACUCCUACUAUAUCCCAAGCUAGUAAUGAUCCAUUUGAUGCAAUAGCUAAUGGAGGUAGACUUCGCAUCGUGGUUGUGAAUGGAUUGUUAGAACCCUCUAGUAAAUGUUCAGGUGUGAUAACAAAGGUGUUCAAGCAAAAGGUGGACACUAAUGGCUACAUAUGGAAAACAAUUUCACAAGCUACAAAAGAUUUUUAUUUUGAGGAGUUUAGGAAGCAUUGUGUGUGGGAUUCUUCAAUGGAGGCUCAAGUGAAGGUGGCAUGGGUUAUCAAAGCUUCACAACGAUACAGUGAUUUUUUGCGAGAUAUAAGAAAUUCUGAAAAGAAACCAGAAUACAUGUCUGAUGAUGUUUGGAGACAUUGGAAAGCCUCUUGGGAUAAACCUGAAUUUAAGAUGAAACGAGAAAAAAAUUCAAAUAACAGAAGGAGCAUUGCAGGACCAUCAUCUCAUACUGGAGGGUCAAUAUCUAAUGUUGAACAUGGCAAAAGACUAUAUAAGCAUCUUCAUUAG